AUUACUUGGUUUAAGAUAAACAAUGUCCGGUUCUGUUUUAACUAAUUUUGACCCAUGUGCUUAUGUUUUGGAACAGUUACUAAAAAAAUAAACGUAAUAGCUCAGCACUUUAAGUAAAAUUGUAUUUUUGUUUAAACAAUAAUGAAAGAAGAAUGUUACUUGGGCCUUAGUACUUAAUUUAUUUGCUAAGUGUACUAGGUCAAAUAUGACUUGUACAGAAGUUACGAAUAUAAUCAAAUCUUGUAAAGAGGGAGGCAGCUCAACGUUAAAUAUAAGUCAUAGAAAAUUAGUAAUAGUACCACCAGAAAUUGGCGAUUUGCAUAAAUUAAAAGUAUUGCUGCUAAAUGAUGCGUCUCUUAUCAUGCCACCUAGAGAAAUCGAAAAACUUACUAAUCUAGAAGAAUUGCACUUAGAAAACAACAAACUUUCUAUGCUUCCCGCUGGUAUUAAAAAUUUAAGUAAAUUGAAGUAUUUAUGUUUGUCGCAUAACCCUAUUUCUUUUGUAAUAAAUGAUGAAACUGCUAACUACCAGUGUUUAAGAUACUUGUUUAUUGACAAUAUUGAAAUGUCUACUAUGCCAGCUAGUAUGUGCUUGCUAGAAAAUUUAGAGUAUUUAAGUGCAGGCAGUAAUAAUAUUAAAAAGCUGCCUGAAGAAUUUGGUUGUUUAGAAACAUUAAAAUGGCUCAGAUUGUCAAAUAAUUGUUUGGAAACAGUUCCAGAUUCAUUUGAAAAACUUCAAAAAUUAAUUUAUUUAGAUCUGAGCAUUAAUUUGUUUUCUUAUUUUCCAAUUAAUAUUUCCAAGUUAAAAAAACUUUCUUCUUUAAUUCUAAAAGAUAACAAAUUGACUUUUUUAAAUGAAUCAUUAUCUGAUUUUCUUUGCGGAUUAGGCAAACUUGACUUAAGAUAUAACAAGAUAAUUGACCUACCAGUUGAAGUAAUGUCAUCAAGUGGUUUGUUAUUGUGACUAUAUAUUUUUUAUUAUAAAUGUAAAAUUGAACCUAAUAAAAUAAAUUUUACAAUAAUUA